AUGAAAGUACACCAAAAAUUAAAUGCUAUAAAAGUUAGGGCGUCCCCCGUAAGCGACGGUCAGAGGCUAUCAAAUGCGAAUGGAAAUGCUAAGGCGUACCCUGUAAGCGACGGCAGACACUGCGCAAAUAAACUGCGCAUAGCUACAUGGAAUAUUGGUUCCCUGACCGGACGUAGCCAAGAACUGGCGGAAACCUUACAAAGAAGAAAUAUCAAUAUUUGCUGCAUCCAAGAACUGAAGUGGAAAGGCUGUAAAUCCCGUGACAUUGGUAGGGGUUACCAACUUAUAUACAACGGAACGACAACUAAGAGAAAUGGCAUUGUCCUGGACAGUACACUUAAGCAGAGAUUGAUUAACGUAAACAGAAUUAGCGACAGGCUGAUGUGCAUCAAACUAGCCCUGUAUAAUGGCCCUGCAUGGAACAUCAUUUCCGUAUAUGCCCCACAGAUGGGCUGUAAUACAAGCGAAAAGGAGGAGUUUUGGGAUGACCUGGGUGAUCUCCUGCAAUCUCUGCCCAAGGGGGAGGGACGACUGGUAGCUGGCGAUCUUAAUGGCCAUGUGGGACACAAAGCACCACCAAAUUCAAAUAUUCACGGCAACUAUGGCUACGGGACCGUAAAUAGCCAAGGCACCACCAUAAUGGAGUUGGCGACCCAGUUCGAUCUUCCUAUAGUGAACACGUAUUUUAAGAAAAGGGAAGAACAUUUGGUCACGUACAAGAGUGGAGGAAAGCAUUCCCAAAUAGACUACUUCCUCUGCGAUAGAUCUUUUUUGAAAUACGUAAAGGACUGCAAGGUUAUCCCUGGCGAACCUCUUACUACGCAGCACAGAAUUUUGGUAGCCUGCCUCACUUUGCCGAAGUGGUUCGUUAAGCAAAAAGCGCAAAAAAGCCAGCCACGAAUAAAAUGGCAAGAGCUGUCUAAACCCGUAGGCGAUAUAGUUAACAGUAAAAUAGUAGAAUACCUAAAGAACGAUAUAAGCGAGGCUCCUAACAGCGCUACCACAAUUUGGCAAAAUUUUCACAAUUUCUGCACCGGUACUGCUAAAACCCACCUGGGAAUGUCGAAAGGCAUACUAAAAACACAUAAAGACCCAAAAUGGUGGGACGAUAACGUAAGAAAAACACUUGUAGAGAAAAAACAUGCAUUUAAAGUCUGGCAGAACACGGGGUUGGACUGCGACAGAGUUACAUAUAAAAUCCUUAAGAAAAAGGUGAAGAAAGUGGUAGCUACCACAAAAGCCAGUGCCCAAAAUAACUUUUACAAAAAACUUGAAGAUGCUGCAACCGGAACUGAGAUAUUCAAGCUAGCUAAAUACCGUAACAAUGUCACUAAAGAUAUUAAACACAACAAAUAUAUCAAGGACAACUCUGGAAAGCUAUUGACCUCCGACGGGGAUAUAAAUGGUAGAUGGUUUGAGUAUUAUCACCAAUUGCUUAACGAAGAAUUUCCACAUAACAAGCUUACGCCACUUUUACCCAUCUUGGGACCUGUCCAAGAUAUAUCAGUGACGGAAACUAAGAUCGCCCUGACCAAAAUGAAGAACAAUAAAGCUACCGGACCCGACGAAAUACCAAUAGAAGUGUGGACAAAAGACGGGGUUAGCAGGAGUACAGUGGCUUACGAUGCUAUUUAA